AUGGGUCGCUUCAAGAGUGAUAAUGGCAGCUCGAGUGGCGAGUCCGCCACCGGUCUGGCUCUCAACGUCGUUAUUCUGAAGGCCAGAGAUUUGGCUGCCAAGGAUCGCAAUGGCACUUCGGACCCAUAUCUUGUCCUCAAACUAGGUGAUGCCCGCGCCGUUACGCACGCCGUCCCAAAAACGUUAAAUCCAGAGUGGAACAUCAUCGAGCAACUGCCAAUCAACAGCAUAAACAAUCUCGUUCUUGAUGUCAUUUGCUGGGACAAGGAUCGAUUUGGCAAAGAUUAUCUCGGUGAAUUCGACCUUGCCCUCGAAGAAAUAUUUUCAAACGAAAAGAAUGCCCAGGAGCCUAAAUGGUACCCUCUUCGCAGCAAGCGACCCGGCAAGAAAACCAGCAUUGUGUCUGGUGAGGUCUUGUUGCAGUUUACACUCUUGGACACAAACAAUCCCGCGUCUCCCCACCAGGAGACAAUGGAAAGACUUCAAUCUCUCAUUCGCUCUGUUCCUGUUGCUUCUGGCAGUCAAGCCGGUAGUGCAAGUGUGACGCCUGCCGCCACGACUACCCCUCACGCUGAUCCUCUCGCCGAGUUUGUAGACGAUGACGAUGAGGAGAUUUCCGAUUACGAAGAAGACAGCAACGAUGAAGGCGAAGGCGAGGCUGAAGGCGAGGACGAGGAUGCCUCUAAACCCGAGACUGCCGAGAAACGUCGACGCCGACUCCGAAUUCGAGGACUUAAGCGCAAGAAUCGACGUGCUGCAUACGCCUUCACUAACGGCGACAGUGACGUUGUUGGUAUCAUUUACCUUGAGAUUUGUCGUGUCACGGAUCUACCGCCGGAGCACAAUCUUACUCGUACCAGCUUCGACAUGGACCCCUUCGUAGUAGCCUCACUCGGUCGAAAAACUUACAGAACUCGACGCGUCCGACACAACCUCAAUCCAGUGUUCAACGAGAAAAUGAUUUUUCAACUACUUAACCAUGAGAAGUCAUACAGCUUCUCAUUGACGGUUAUCGACCAUGACAAGUACUCUGGCAAUGACUUUAUUGCGUCGUGCACCUUUCCUGUUCAAGAAUUGAUGAAGAAGGCGCCCCAGGCUGACCCUACCACUGGUUUGUACGAAGUCCGUGAGCCCACUGAACACCGAGAGGCUGCUCCUCUGCCACACAAGUCCCGUCUUCAGAGACUGGGGCUCUCGCGCACUUCUUCAUCCCAAAGCCUCAACAAGAAAUCAGUCAAGGCCGCCUCGGUCACCAGCGCCAUAUCUCAAGCACCCUCCUUGGAGACAAGCCAAGCCACGAGCAACCCAAGUCUACUGGCUCCCCCCGAGGUGUCAUCGACGGUCAUGGAGCCAGAGACCAAUGCGGAAGACGACGACCCGGAGUUUCACGAAUUCUCUGUACCUCUGUCGCUGAAAAAUGCCGAAAAAUGGGAGUCCAAACACAGCCCGGUCAUCUAUCUCAGAGCCAAGUACGUACCGUAUCCUGCGCUUCGUCAGCAAUUCUGGCGUGCCAUGCUUCGACAAUACGAUACAGACGAGAGUGGCCGCAUCAGCCGCAUAGAGCUCACCACUAUGCUUGAUACGCUGGGUUCGACACUCAAAGACUCCACCAUAGACAGCUUCUUCCAGCGCUUCCCCCACAAAGCCGCCGACAAUGAAGACAGCUGGGAUCUGACUUUCGACGAGGUUGUCAUAUGUCUUGAGGACCAGCUAGAGGCCAAGUCCAAGUCGAGCAGCGGCGUAGCGGACAAGGUCAAGAAUAUCGCCUCAGACAUCAAGAACCUUGCUGUCGAAGGAAACGUCGAGCAGAGAAGCUCUGCUUCGGGCACGUCAACGCCCAGCGAGGAUGGUAGUCCUGACACGCUCGACAAAGAUGACUCUAGCGACGAGCACGUUGUCGAGAUUCGUGAAUGUCCUAUCUGCCACCAACCCCGUCUGAACAAGCGCAAGGAUGCCGACAUAAUCACUCACAUUGCAACUUGCGCAAGCCAAGACUGGCGGCAGGUCAAAACUGUUUUGAUGGGGGGCUUUGUGACUGCCAGCCAAGCCCAGCGCAAGUGGUACUCUAAGGUCAUCACCAAGAUUUCCUACGGAGGCUACAAGCUCGGUGCAAAUUCGGCCAAUAUACUUGUCCAGGAUCGUAUGACUGGUCAGAUCAAUGAGGAGAAGAUGAGCGUUUACGUCCGACUUGGAAUUCGAAUGUUGUACAAGGGAUUGAAGUCGCGUGAAAUGGAAAACAAGCAGAUUCGCAAAAUGUUGAGGAACCUGAGCAUCAAGCAGGGUAAGAAAUUCGACGACCCGGCGUCCAGGGAUGAAAUCGAAAAGUUCAUACAUUUCCAUCGCCUAAACAUGGAUGAGGUGCUAUUGCCGCUUGACCAGUUCCAAAACUUUAACGAGUUCUUCUAUCGUGCGCUCAAGCCUGGUGCGCGCCCCUGCUCGGCACCCGAAAAUCCGGGCAUUAUCGUGUCGCCCGCAGAUUGUCGUAGUGUAGUGUUUAACCAACUCACGCAAGCUACCAAAAUUUGGGUCAAGGGUCGCGAAUUCAGCAUAAAGCGGCUCUUAGGAGAUGCCUACCCGGAAGAUGUGGCCCGGUUCGAUAACGGUGCACUAGGCAUCUUCCGCCUUGCGCCGCAAGACUACCACCGCUUCCAUAUUCCUGUCGAUGGUGUCAUGGGUAAGCCCAAGACGAUUGCUGGUGAAUACUACACAGUCAACCCAAUGGCUAUUCGAUCAGCCCUUGACGUCUAUGGUGAGAACGUGCGUGUGGUGGUGCCUAUUGACAGCGACGUGUUUGGUCGCGUCAUGGUCAUCUGUGUUGGUGCCAUGAUGGUGGGCAGCACAGUCAUUACACGGCAGGACGGCGAAAGGGUGCAGCGUGCUGAAGAGCUGGGCUAUUUUAAGUUUGGUGGCAGCACCGUUCUAUUACUUUUUGAGCCCGGCAAGAUGCGAUUCGAUUCUGAUUUGACAGAAAAUUCGGCAGGCGCAUUGGAGACUUUGAUUCGCGUCGGCAUGUCCGUCGGCCAUUCGCCAGACGAACCGCAGUGGACACCCGACAUGCGUGCUAGCGACGAGCAAAUCACCGAGGAGCAGAAGAAGGAUGCAAAGCGACGCAUCCAGGGAAGCUUGGCUCAGGAUUCGCCCAGCGACAGUAACGAUGAUGACCGGCUGCACUCUGUGCCGCCUACGAUGGACACCAUCGCAGCCUCUUCUCUUCGUGGAUAUAUGGGUGGCUGGUUGGUUGACUAUCGCUCGCUGCUGGAUGAAGACGACGGCCGGGUCCAGCCCGCCGAUGACUCGCUGCUGAUGGAGCUGAAGCUCGCUCUCGGCGACGUGGGCGCGGCCGGUACCGAGUUGCUCUUGACCGUGGCAAGGGAUAUCAUGUCGACGGUCGGGGCGGUGGUGUUAUUGCCGCGGCGGGUUUCGCGCCAGGACGAGUAG